UAUCAAUGUGUGCGCAUGUAUACGCAUACGUGUAUAAAUACCGAUCACAUGAACUCACAAUUUCUUCAUCCAAGUAACAUUUAAAUCUCAUCAGCUAAAUAAACUAAAAAAUGAUGAAUCCUAUGUUUUACUUUCUUCUUGCCUUAACCGCUGUUUUAGCCGCGACCGCAAACGCAGGACCGGUUCUCGACAUUGAUGGUGAUAUCAUAUUCCACGGCAGCUACUACGUUAUCCCCGUCAUCCGGGGCCCUGAAGGUGGCGGUCUAACUCUCACCCCACGCAAUGGCAACCAGUGUCCCCUCUUUAUCGGACAGGAGCGUUCAGAGGUCGAAAGGGGCAUUCCCGUGAAAUUCUCAAACUGGAGGUCUAGAGUUGGGUUCGUUCCCGAAUCCGAGAACCUCAACAUCAAGAUGGAUAUCGAACCUACGUUCUGCGCUCAGUCAACUUAUUGGUGGGUCACUUCAGCCCCCAGUCCCUGGAGAUCGUUGUUCAUAGCGGUUGGUCCUAAGCCAGAAGCUGGAGGAGAAGAUUCGUCGAGGAGUUUCUUCCAGAUCAGGAAAACUGAAACAAAACUUAACGCUUACAAGUUUGCAUUUUGUAGGGACGGCAACGAUUGCAUCGAUGUCGGUAAAAACGUGGAAGGUGGCGUUCAGGGUUUGGUUGUAUCUAGGCCACCAUUCGCUACCCCAUUCGAGGUUGUGUUCGUGAAAGCUACUGAGAAACAGACUUCAUCCAAGACCAUGUCUAUUAUCUGAGAGAAAUUAAGGACCACUUAAUAAAAGGAAUAAGAGUUAUAACUUACGUCUAAUAAUAAAACUCUAUCUAUGUAUGAUGUUUUCUUUGUUCAUCGAUCAUCAUGUGUGGAAUAAAACAUCUUUCCUUUGUUUC